AAUUUCUUAGCUCUUUCUCAGUCCAAUCUGGCAUAAGCUAGAGAGAGAGAGGGAGAGAAAGAGACAGCCAUAACCACCGAUCACAAGCAAUUAGACAUACAACCUGGGUAAAUAAAUAUAUACAAAGAAAAAGAGAGAUUGUGUAUGUCUCACAAGUAAUCUGCCACUGCCGCCCACUGGACAAGAACUUUAAACAAAUACCCACCUCCCAUUAAAUUACAGAGAGAGAGAGAGAGAGAGAGAGAGAGAGAGAGAGGGAGGGGGAAAUCAAGGGAGAGUGGUUGAUCAUCAUAAGGAAUUAAUGGAUGUGAGGAAAAUAGUGGCAGUAGUGGAAGAUGCAGAGGUAGCUAGGACAGCACUGAAUUGGGCACUCCACAACCUCGUUCGGCAUGGUGAUUUGAUCACUCUGCUUCACGUAUUCCCUUACUCAAGAUCCAGAAGCAAGAACAAGCUCAGAAUCCGCCGCUUGAAAGGCUUCCAACUGGCUCUCUCCUUCAAAGACAUCUGCACCAACUUCCCAAAUGCAAAGAUAGAGAUUGUAGUGAGAGAAGGGGAUGAAGACGGGGGCACAAUUGCAGCGAUUGUUCGAGAAAUCGGAGCUUCCACGCUUGUGGUUGGGCUUCAUAAUCGAAGCUUUCUCUACAGGUUGCCCAUGGCCAACAACAAUAUAGCUAGCAACUUCAAUUGCAAAGUAGUUGCCAUAAAGCAACCAACACCACCACCAUUCACACCAAGGAAUAUCAAUAUCAGCUCAACCAACAUCCUGGACUUCUCUCAGAUUGAAAUUGCAGCUGGGCUAAGUUUUCUUGAUAUCCUUCCGCCCAAGAUCCCAUACCGACUAUGUCCGGACCCUUCUGCAAUCAUAUGGAGAUCAAGGAAGACAAGGAAGAGAAGGAAUUCUUGAAAGCGAGCUUAAGUGAGCAUAGAGUCAAGUUCCGCUUACAAUUAGGGUAUAGCCUCCUGGCCUCAGGAUGUUUGAGCUGGGCUUUGGCUUUUAGUUUUUUCUUACACAACACAUACAUACACACAUACUCUAUUACACAAGAGAGGAGGCAUUGACAAACUAUAGCUGUUUAGAAGCACAGAUUCUGAUUUCUACCUGACGCAGUGAUUUUAUAACAAUGCAAUUGUUCAAAUGGA